CAACCCGCGCGCGGGAUUUGGGGGCGAAGCGCAGCCCCGCGAGCAGCGGCGGCGGGAGAGCGGCGGGCCGAGAGCGCGAGUCGCCCGCCGCGCGCAGCCAUGUCCGAGGAGAAGCCCAAGGAGGGAGUGAAGACGGAGAACGACCACAUCAGCCUGAAGGUGGCCGGGCAGGACGGCUCCGUCGUCCAGUUCAAGAUCAAGAGGCACACGCCGCUCAGCAAGCUGAUGAGGGCCUACUGCGAGCGCCAGGGCUUGUCAAUGAGACAGAUUCGAUUCAGGUUUGAUGGACAACCAAUUAAUGAAACAGACACCCCAGCACAGCUGGAGAUGGAGGACGAAGACACCAUCGACGUGUUCCGGCAGCAGACGGGGGGCUCCCGGGGGGCCAGCUGCCUCCCAGGGCGCGGCCCCUGGAGCCCCUGUGCCCUCGUGCCGCCGGGCUUGUGUUUGCUGUUGAGCAGUGAAGGCGUGAUCAUGCCCGCACCCGGGAGGCUGAGACACGGAGGACAUUCCCCGGAAGGACGUUGCUCUCUGACGUGCUUCAGUGCGGCCGCGGGGAUGUCCGCAGCUGCCCUCGGCCCGUCGACCUGAUACCUUUGUUUGGGUAGAACCUGUGGCGAGGGGUUUUGGUUCUGUUUUUACUUGCAUUUGUGUUUUUUCUCCCUCCUGUGACAUUUCCCCCCAGCGUGUGGCCCCGGGGCCCACUUUCUGUCUAGACGGGGCUCCUACCCCAGGUGUUGACACCCCCUGAGGCUACUCAUGUGGAGAACUCCCCUCGCUGCUCUGGGGGUGCUUCUGUGGGGCGAGUUUUGGGGACACAGUCGGGAUGGGAGACAAAUUUUCACUCCCUGUUUCUCGUGGGCACAGACUUUUUUAAUGCUAACUCUUAUAAAUGUAAGCUUUGUCCGAACGUAGUAAAGUUGAGUGGAAAGCACUGGAGCGACUGUUGAAAGUUAAGAAGUUCUUGAGGACCGCGGCCCCGGCGGGGUGUGGAGCCCGGGCGGCGAGGCUGCUGAGGGGCGGUGAAGCUGGCUUCCCCCGGCCCCUCCUAGAGAAGCAGGGGACCCCCACACACUCGCCCGCAGCAGCGCCGGGGCCUCGGAGUGCUCCCCGCCGGCGCCGCCCUUGCACGAGCACGGGCUGCGGGUGAGAAAGGAAGAGCGGGCGCUGCUGAGCGUGCAGCCGUGGCUCGUGUGAGAGGGCCGCUGCGGGGCGGGUGACGGGCGGAGGCGGCUGCGCUCUGCGACCCGGGGAGGUAAGCGGGGGCCGCGUGGCGCGUGACCUCCGUCCCGCGAGGCACUGGGCGCCUGUCCCGGGAAAGCCGCCCCCGGACGGCCCCGCGCUGCCUGCGGUCCCGCUCAACAUGUCUGCGUUUGCUUUGUGUUUUGCUCUUCGCGCACGGGUGGGGUGUCUGCUGCUCUGUUGUGUUUACUCCCCACGUUGGACGUUCCUUGUCGUCCUUUCCUACUGCCGACAGUAAAUACAGUUUGCUAUUCUGCCUCGCAGCUUGUCCUCAGUACUGCAUGCGGAGCUUGGGCAUCGUGG